AUGAAUACUAUACGACCGUCCGUUCCCCGUUUGUCUGCCUUGCUUCGCAAGAAACCGUUUCCCAUGCCUUCUCCCGGGCCACCUUUACCGCCUGGCAUACUUGUUGAUGAAGAGAUCUCGCCAGUAUACAAUUCCAAGUACUUCUACCCAGCGAAGCCCGGAGAGGUACUCGCCAGUCGUUACCAAACCCUGGUCAAGGUCGGUUGGGGAGUGUCUUCGACAGUAUGGCUCGCGCGCGAUCUGCAAGGACAUGUCCAAGAGCCAGAAAACGUGGUGGCAUUGAAAAUCGCCAAUAGCAAUACGAAUUCCGCUUGUCACGAGCGCGAGAUUGAAGAGCACAUUUCCACAGCGGACCCAUCACACCGCGGUCGCUCACUUAUCCGAAGAUCAGUCGACAUCUUUGAAGUGAAAGGCCCAGAAUGUUCUCAUUUGUGUCUUGUGUAUCCGCCUAUGAGAGAGCCAUUGUCGACGUAUCAACGGCGCUUUGACAAUGGAAAUAUGCCACUGCCCCUCAUUAAAGCAUACAUUCGUGCUCUUCUUACAGGGCUUGAUUAUCUUCACAAAGAAUGCAGGAUAGUUCAUACGGAUCUGAAGCUUGAAAACAUCAUGGUCCCAUUCGAGGAUCCAACUGUGCUUGCUGAUUUCAUGGAUUCUCAGCUUGAAAGACCGAUAGCUUUCAAGAUUGAUUCGACGGGACGACCAGUGUAUGAGUCCCGGAAUGACUUCGGGCCACUUAAAAGCCUGAGAAGUAUACCACAGCUUGUUGACUUCGGCUUGGCAACCAGACUCGAGGAAGAUGAUGACUGGGGCGUCUGGCCUAUUCAGCCAGAUCACUAUCGGGCACCAGAGGUGAUACUGGGUAAUGGAUGGCGAAUGCCUGCGGAUAUUUGGAAUCUUGGUGUCCUGCUAUGGGAUAUGAUCGAAGGCAAAGAGUUAUUUCGGCAUAUACAUGACAAACAAGGUCGCUACGAUGCUAAACUACACAUCGCCGAAAUCAUAGCCUUACUCGGUCCACCCCCUCCAGAGAUCAUACAAAGAUAUCAAUCCAUGCGAGAAUACUCUUGGCCGCAGCCUGUCAGACGAGAAGACGACAAAGUAUGCGGGACCGCGGAGGAAUACUUUUGUGGGCCAUUCUUUGACAAUAAUGGUAUUACUGGGUUUCCUAUCUCGAACGAAAUAUUCUCAGACUCACGAAACAUCUUAGGUCGCUUUCUCUACGAAGACCUGAUCCCCGACCGGGAACUAGGCGGCACAGUUUCAUCCUUGAGGGAGAGGAGAGGGAAGCGUUUCUGGAUCUCGCCAAGGGAAUGCUUGUCUGGCAUCCAGAUAUGCGAAAAAAGGCAGGCGAACUGGCGGAGCAUCCUUUUCUUCAACUAA